AAACUUUGGAAAGAAGUAUAUAGCUUCCCAGUUUUAAGUUGUAACGUCCGCUUUUAGUUCAGUUUUCUGCGUGCAAGAAAAUUUUGGAUGGGUGAAAAGUUGGGGAGUAUUUCUGUAUUUGUUAAGAGAUGACAUUUGCUUGUUUAACGCAACUUUCUACCAACGAAUCUGUUCAAAAGAAAAAAGGAAAAGAAAAAGAAAAGCUCAACCAAGUAGACAGAGAGAUGCAAUAAAAAGAGACAUUAUAUCACGGGACUGGGAUACAUUUGUCGUCUCUUUUCUUUCCGGUUCGUUCGUACACGCAACACAUUGGGUUGAUAGAGAAUCUCUUCCCAAUUUUCAACAAUGAAAAAUUAUGAAGAGCGAAACAAACACAGAGAGAUAGAUCAUCACCAUCACCAGACUUUAGUACUGUAUCGCGUUCUUCUUUUCUCUGUGUGAGAGAGAGAGAGAUUUUGUUGUCUUCUCUAGAGACAAGUAGAAAGAGAAGAAGAAAUGCAGGACCCAGGAGCGGUGUCUCUACUCGAAAACGUUGAUGGCGAUUCCAAUGGUUUGGCUCGCUUUGACAAGUCUCUGCAGGAGCUGAAGGACUUGCGCUCUCAGCUUCGCUACGCUGCCGAUUACUGUGAGAAGGCAUUCUUGAAGGCCAGACAGAAGAAAAUGGUGAUGGAGAACACAAAGGAGUACAUAUGCAGAGCUGUGGUUACCGUCGUUGAUCAUCUUGGAAGUGUCUCUGCAAAUCUUGAGUCUCGUAUUUCCCAGAACAAUGAGAUUUCAGAGGCGGAGCUUCGGAUCGACUGCUUGAAACAGAGGCUCUUAGCUUGCGAACAAUAUGCUCACAGGCUAGCUCUUGCUAAAGUACACUGGAGUGCAAAUUUUCCAAUGCAUCACCCACGUUACGUUGCACCACCUGCUCCGGCUCUUGAUAAAACAAACAGUGAGCUGAUGAGGUACAAGUGUGGCACAGAGGAGGAAAUGCCACUUCUCUUAUACACUUAUGCUCACAAGUUGGCUGUAGAUAAGGAUUCAACAUUUAGCAACAUCAAUGAGAAGCUUGGAUAUGAAUUCUCCUCAUUAUUGCCUGUUGGCGAUGGUCAGACCAGGGUAGUGAAGCUUCCAAAUCCCUCUUUUCAUUUCCAGGACGACCAUAAGCUUAGACGCGACAAACAAACCAGGAAACCAGUGCAAAGCAAUGACAUCUUGUCACUUAUUAGGCGGAGCAAAUGAACUGUGUAAAGUACAUUAAACUAUAUGUUUUGAAAGUAGUAAGAAAUGAUCUAAGUGUCAAUAUUUAACAAUGGAUAUGACAUUAAACAGAAUGGAAUGAUGAAACAGGAUUCAUGUAGCUGACCCCAUAUAGUUGGGAUAAGGCUUGGUUGAUGAUGAUGAUGAUAGUGAUAAUGAUACUAUAUGCUUUGUUUUCAUUGUAUUUCAAGAAAUCUCUCUGAAUGAUAAUUCACAUCCUUUUCUUCUAA